UAUUAGCACAACUGUUGCCUUGGUCUCAACCAGUGUAUUGAAAGGUAUAUAAACCAUUACCCUUAUAUACUUUGUGGUAUGUGGACUGAAGUGGCGUUUAUCUCGGUAUUUUUCCUCCUUUUGUUGUUUAUGUUUGGUUACUGGAUGUAAGGAUCGAGCUUUAGCAGCCAGUUUCACAAAGCUACGCGUAUAACUAAACAAGAUGGACACUGAAAAACUUGUGUCGUCGGAAUCGGAGGAAAGUCCAGAAAUGGAGGAGGAAUACCGGGAGCGUGAGGUGUUCACCCGCAUGGAGGACAUCACGGAGCAGGACGACAAGGCGCUGGCGGGAGCCAAGCGGGAGUUCCGCAACGAACUGUCCAUCUUCAUACCAGAAAACCCGUUCCCUGACAUCCUAGUCGAGGCCUACCCUCCGCUUAAGUUCUCCUGGGUCAUUCCCAAGAAGCUAGCAGCAAUGGCGUACCCGAGGAAUAAGGAAAAUGUGCAGUUUAUAGUGAACCAGGGGAUAACUCAUUUGGUGACGUUGUCGGCUGGGAAGACCCCUCCGUUGGACGGGUUCAGCAGACUGCGGUGGACUGAGAUACCGAUUGAGGAGUUCGGAAUACCCACCCUGGAGCAGAUCACGAAGUUUAUUGACUGCUGCCGAAGCUCGGACAAAAAGGGAGAGGUGCUGGGCGUCCACUGCCGGCAGGGGCGCAGCCGCAGCGGCGUGAUGCUGUCGUGCUACCUGGUGCACUUCCACCGCUUCCUGCCCGACCAGGCCAUGAACGUGGUGCGGAUGAUGAGGCCAGGUUCAUGUGACUUCCCCGAGCACGAAGAGAUAGUGGGCCAGUACUUCCAGCAGCUCACCGAAGACAACCCUCUGAAGUUCGGAGUCAGCCCCGAUGUGCUCGAGGAGCUGAUCACAGCCGCUAAAGAAGCCACGAAGAAGGCCCUAGAAUAGACUGGUUGUGUGAGAGAGUUGGGUGUUCUGUAUACAGUUGGGAUGUGCAAUGUUUGAUGAAAA